UUCAUGGCCCCGCUAGUGUUGCACUGUUGCUUAUUCCAGAAGUUUUAACAAUAUUCUUAUUAAUCAUGUGUUUUCAGUGGAAAAAUACUGCAUAUUGACUUUGAGGAUUGCUUUGAAACCUCGAUGAAUCGAGAAAAGUUCCCUGAGAAGGUACCUUUCCGCCUCACUAGAAUGCUUGUUAAGGCAAUGGAAGUCAGCGGUAUUGAAGAAAAUAUUCGCUCCACUUGUGAAAAUGUAAUGCAAGUUCUUCGUACGAAUAAAGACAGUGCAAUGGCUAUGAUGGAGGCAUUUGUUCAUGGUCCCCUAAUAAACUGGCGGCUUUUCAACUUCAAUGAAGUUCCUCAAAUGUCUACACUGCACACCCCUGCUGCAGUCAACAGUGAGGAAUCUGCUUCCAAGAAGCUAAGCUAUUUCAACCACAAAGAGGUGCCAGGGAGAAGGAAUUGCUUCAGGUGGCAUAUAUAGUUUUGUUAUGUUAAACAUAACUAUACCACCAAUGAUCACUAGUAUCAAUAUUACAUAAUGACAUAGAUCAAUCAUGAAAUGUGUAGCGUGAAAAUUACAUGAAAUGUGGCAUGUACAUGUAAAUUUUCAACUGACCCUUCUUUAAUAAACUUUAAAAUCUUAAUUGUUCAGAAUA